AUGGUUCAAACAUUAUUCCACGAAAAUAUCGCUGUUUACUGCACUGACACAAAUGGCCAAACAACUAGUAAAAGUCGCAUAAUCUUGAAUUUGAAAAUAGAUGAACGACAGAAUCGAUCAGAAAAGGUUGGAGUUCUCAAAAUUUUUGUGAACGGUCAUUCUGGAACAAAGGCCAAAUGCUUAUCGCUGAUUAUGUCGAAUGCUGUCCGACCGGAAUUUAUAUUUUGCAUAUCACGAGAUGAUGAUCCUUUAUUCAUAUAUAUGCUGUCACUUCGGCGAUCGGAAUAUGAAUUGUUAAAACAAGAGCAAGAAUUAGAUGCCGAAUUCGAAGCAUUUCCUAAGAAAAUAGUCGAUUUUGUUACUUACUUGGAUGGUAGUUGUGGAUCUCAUCUUCGGGGAGGCCUUUACGAUGAUAAUACUUUAUUCAGGUUUGACCUAGUUGGAAAAAUGGGCUUCAAAUGGGUUACAGUUCUUUCUUUACCUCUUCAGAGAGUAACUGAUAAAGCUUUAAUAACGCAUCUUGUUGAAAGAAUUGUGAAAUAUAAGGGGUAUUUAAAAGAGCUAGAUACAUUACGUGAUUCGUUAUCAUCGGAACAAGCGGAAAACAGAAGUCUGCGAAAUUCACUAACUGCAAAAGAAAAGAUGCAUUCAGAUUGUUUGCAGAAGUGGGAAGAAGAGCGUAAUGAAAUUAUUGGAAGCAAGCAUAAACUUGAAGAGUUGAACGAAGAACUUCAGGCAGAUAGACAAAUGCUUACACAAGAGGUGAGCACUUUAAAGGAAGAAGUAGUCGAUUUUCGUGAUCGAAUUGAUGAUCUGAUUGAACAAGUUAAUCAGUUGGAAGAUAGAGUGCAUGUCCUAACGGAAGAACUCGACACUUCCGAGAACCAACUACGUGAUUUGGAACAAAAGAAAGAGGAAUUGCAACAGGAACUAAAUGACAGAGAUGAAGAAACGCAUAGCCGUAUAGUGCAGAUACGUAAUCUGAAAAAUGCAAUAGAUGAUGCUGACAGAGAAAAUAAGGAAUUACGCGAGAAAUUACAAUUUGUUAACGAAGAGAUAAAUCAUUGGAAAAGUGAGCAUGAUAAAGCUGUUUCGAUUAUUAAAAAAUUAUAUAGCGAAAAAACUCGUCGUGUUGCUACUGAUGAUGGUAUAAUGACGAAUGAAAAAAUGAAUGAUAUAGAAAAAGAUUUGGAAGAACGUAAAAGAACUAUUGAUGCUCUGACUGAUUCAAAUACACAGCUUAGGGCAAAGCUAGAAAAUCUGUCAACGGAGUGUGAACGAGCAAAGAAAGAUGCGGAAAUGUGGAGAAUUAAAUGUGAAAAAAAGGAAACACUAAUCAGUGAUCUUAUUCAAUACCGACGAUCACCCAUCAUUAGUCCAUCACAGCAGCAAUCAAAUUUGACUUAUGGAAAUACCACACCGACGGUUUAUCCGCGUGUCUUAGGAGUGACAAAUUGGACUGCUCAAAUAACUACGCCUUUACGAAAUAUGGGAGCUGUGUCAAAAACUCCAGAUGAACAAAAGGAAAGCGGACUAAACUCGUUGGCCAUAACACCACCAACUGAACCACAAAAUUUAGUAGGAUGCGCAAGAGCUAAAACUUAA